UUGACCAAGCCCAAAGGCAAGUUGGCUAAACGCAGGUCCAUGUACAAAAUGAUACCUGUAGUGCAGGAAGGACGCAUACUAUAUACCCUGCGGACGUGACGUUCUGUAUAUGCCAUGUAGGCCCUACAUCGUGUAGUAUUUUCCUUACUGCCUACGCGCAUGUCAAGAGUCAAGUUCAAGAGGCCAGGGAAUGCUUCAGCCAGAACAACUUGACACUUAGCCUACAAACAUCUUCGUUAUCCUGGUUCCUUUACCCGAAGUUUUAGCCAGUUGUUUCUCAACAUGUGGGGUGACCUGCAAAUUCAUGCUUGAAGCCCUAACAGAGCUAUAUAUUUGAGUCAAAGGAGAGAGCAAUUGCUGUAGACAUCCAUGGUGGAAGCUUCUGUAAGAACUCCAGGACAUAAAGACGUAUUAGCAUAAAAGACAUCAAGAGACGUUUACUUGGAAUAUUGUUUUGUGGCAAACGUUUUCUGGAUCGUGGUUUCCUUUACGUAUAUUCCAGUGUAAACGCACGUGAAAACUGCUGGUUGAUGUAGGCAGUGAAGGCACCCUGUUGGAAUCUAUGUGGUUAACUCAUCAGAAACUAUUUUGGUUUUUCACGCUUGUGGCAAAGCCAGAUCAAACAGGGGUACCCUUCUACAACAUAUGAAAAUCGAUAGUGGAAAGAAGCCACUUGUUUGUGACAUUCCUGACAAAGCCUUCUCAUGCAGCUGUAACCUUGUACAACAUGAACAUCUUGAACACAGAGAAGCCAUUUGUUUGCGACACUUGUGGCAUGGGGCUCUCACGUAAAAGUCACCUUCAAGAUCAUGAAAGGAGCCACACCAAAGAGAAACCAUUUGUUUGUGACAUUUGUGGCAAGGCGUUCUCGCGUAGAAGUUCCCGGCUGCAUCAUGAAAUAGCAGUCCAUUGUAAGGAGAAACCAUUUGUUUGUGACAUUUGUGGUAAGGCCUUCUCGCGUAGAAGCUCCCAACAGCGUCAUGAAAUAGCAGUCCACAAAAAGGAGAAACCAUUUUUUUGUGGCAUUUGUGGCAAAGCUUGCUCAUGUAGAAGUUCCCUUCAGCGGCAUGAAAUACAGGUCCACAAAAAGGAGAAAGCAUUUGUUUGUGACAUUUGUGGCAAGGCCUUCUCACACAAAGGUACCUUUCAGCGGCAUAUGAGCAUUCACUCCACGGGGAAACCAUUUGCCUGUAAUAUUUGUGGUGAGGGCUUCUUACGUAAUAGUCACCUUCAAGAUCAUGAAAGGAGCCACACCACCGAGAAACCAUUUGUUUGUGAUAUCUGUGGCAAGGCCUUCUCACACGAAGGUACCUUUCAGCGGCAUAUGAGCAUCCACUCCUCAAGGAAACCCCUUGCCUGUAAUAUUUGUGGUAAGGGCUUCUUACGUAAAAGUUACCUUCAAGAUCAUGAAAGGAGCCACACCAACGAGAAACCAUUUACUUGUGGCAUUUGUGACAAGGCCUUCUCACGUAGAAGUUCUCAACAGCGUCAUGAAAUAGUGGUCCACUGUAAUGUGAAACAAUUUGUUUGUGGUUUGUGGUAAGGCCUUCUCGUGUAGAAGUUCUCUACAGCGUCAUGAAAUAACAGUCCACUAUACGGAGAAAACGUUUAUUUGUGACAUUUGUGGCAAGGCCU